GUCGGUGCUAAAGUGGCCAUAUAAAAUGAUUAAGUUGCAAAUGAAAGUUAUUUCUUGGCCUUUAAUAAUUUUAACAGCAUUUUUACGCGUGCUGCAAAUUGAAAGCAUAAAUACCAAUUUCCUUGAGCUGGCAGCCUUCGAGGACUUUUUGCGUUCGCAGCACUUGAGCCAGGUCCUGGUGGUCCUGGGCGAUGAUGCUGACGGCGAGUGGAAAAUUGAAUGCCACCAAAAAUUGUUGGCCAACUAUCGUGUGCAAUUUUACCGGCCAGAAAUGUCGGUGAAUUUCAAGGAUCUCAUGUACCACGGGUCUCCGCGCACGGCGGUCCUGGUGCUGAAUUUCGAGCAUGUCCUUGUUAGGCGUCAGGUGUUCGGGGUGGCCUCCGAGGCCGGAUACUUUAACAACUCGCUGGCGUGGUUUAUUCUUGGUUCUGUCCGCGAAUCUCUACCAGAUGAGCAUCUGAUUGACCAGCUCUUAAGUGGCUACAAAAUGGGCAUCGAUGCCGACAUCACAGUGGUCUUGAGGGGAGCAGACAAUGCGUCGUUGCUUUUCUAUGACGUAUACAGAAUCAGUCGGCGGGCUCACACACCAUUGAUAAUUGAAAAGAAGGGAUCAUGGUCCCAUUUAGGUGGUUUCCAAUUGUCCGAAAAUUUUAAAAACUCAUGGGUAAUUCGGCGCCGCAACUUUCUCAAUGUCACUUGGAUAGGAAGUACUGUGUUGACAGAGAAGCCUCCUGGAUUCGGUGACAUGGAGUACCUGGCCGAUGAUAAGCAGUUCCAGCAAUUGGACCCUAUGCAGCGAAAGACCUAUCAGUUGUUUCAACUCGUUGAGCGCAUGCUCAAUCUCAGCUUGGCCAUAAGCUUAACGGAUAAGUGGGGCGAACUGCUGGAGAAUGGCAGUUGGUCAGGUGUGAUGGGUCAGGUGACAAGUCGCGCGGCGGACUUGGCCGUGUGUCCUAUUCGCUUUGUGCUGGACAGGCAACCCUACGUUCAGUAUUCGGCGGUCCUGCACACCCAGAACAUUCACUUUCUCUUUCGGCACCCACGUCGCGGCCACAUCAGGAACAUAUUCUUCGAGCCGUUGAGCAACCAGGUGUGGUGGUGUGUCCUGGUUUUGGUCACUGGAAGCACUAUACUUUUACUGUUUCACAUGAAGCAGGAGAGGAAGCUUUCCCUCAUGGAGAACGGGUUGUCCUUCGUUUGGUUUACAAUGCUGGAAACGUAUCUGCAACAGGGUCCUGCCACCGAGAUCUUUCGCCUUUUUUCCACUCGAUUGCUGAUCAGCCUUAGUUGUAUAUUCAGUUUUAUGCUGAUGCAGUUCUACGGCGCCUUUAUAGUGGGCUCUCUGCUUUCCGAAAGCGCAAGGACCAUUGUCAGCCUGCAGGCACUUUACGACAGCACCCUUGCGAUUGGGAUGGAAAAUAUAUCGUACAACUUUCCGAUCUUCACGAACACAAGCAAUCAGUUGGUAAAGGAUGUGUACGGGAAGAAAAUAUGCAAGCCUGGAGAGCACAAUAUCCUGACCCUGCAGCAGGGAGCUGAGAGGGUAAUCCAAGGACGCUUCGCAUUCCACACGGCGAUCGAUCGUUUGUACAGGUUGCUUCUGGACCUCCAAAUGGAUGAGGCGGAGUUCUGCGACCUGCAGGAGGUCAUGUUCAACCUACCGUACGACUCGGGAUCCGUGAUGCCCAAGGGUUCUCCGUGGAGAGAGCACCUGGCCCAUGCACUGCUUCACCUCCGAGCUACUGGCCUGCUACAGUACAACGACAAAAAGUGGAUGGUUCGACGACCGGAUUGCAGCCUGUUCAAGACCUCGCAAGCAGAGGUUGACCUGGAGCACUUUGCCCCGGCGAUUUUUGCCCUGGUGCUCGCCAUGGUGGCCAGUGCGCUGGUCUUUUUGUUGGAACUCUUUCUGCACUGGCUAGCGGACUUUCGAAGGAGGUUGGGAACCAUGUCCACUUAAGUAAUCAUUUUGCCUUCUUUCCAGCGCCAGCUCCAGCUCCAGCUGCCCUGUCACGACUUUCGGCUGCAAAUUUGUGUCGCUUUUAAUGUUUGCUGCAUUUUUAAUAAUAGUAAAAAAUUUGUAAUAAUGUCAGCUAUUCCCAGCGCG